AAAUCAUAGUUUCACAUGUGAAAUAGGUUUGAAGCUGAAAGAUAUACUUUUUGUUUGUUACAAGACAACCAAAUUUCAUCUCUUUUUUUCCAUCUCCGCCAGCACAACUUUGUCUCAAUCUUAACAAACCUGAUUAAAUUUUCCACUUCAAUUCACCUGUCCUUAAUCAUUAGUCGACCUCUUCAGUAAAAAAGGAAUCUAAGACUUUAACAUGGGAAACGUUAUAGGAGGAAGAAAGAAGGCAAAAGUUAUGAAAGUUGAUGGAGAAACGUUCAAGUUAAAGACUCCAGUUCAAGUUUCCGAAGUCAUUAAAGACUACCCAGGUCACGUUUUGUUAGAUUCAAAAGCCGUGAAACACUUCGGCGUUCGCGCGAAGCCGUUGGAGCCUCAACACGUUUUGAACGCCAAGAAAAUUUAUUUCUUGGUGGAGUUGCCGAAAUUUAUUCCUGAGGAGAAAUAUAAAGUGCCUACUAGAAGAGUUCGAUCGGGUAUUCACAUGAGCGCCAAGGACCGGCUUGAGUUGCUGAAGCUAUCGAGGAGGGCGGUUUCUGAUCUUUCUACCGUUAAACCGUUGACGAGCCAUGGCUCUGAUGGGCAAGUACCGGAGCUUAGUGAUGGGCGGAUGAGGGUCAAAUUAAGGCUGCCCAAAUCCCAGGUGGCUAAAUUGAUAGAUGAGAGUAAGGAUGAAGCAGAGGUGGCUGAGAAGCUUGUCGAUCUUUAUGUUGGAAAAGCCGGCGGUGCACCGACGCCGGGAGUGGAGUGGAAACCGAGGCUUGAUAGCGUUAGUGAAAAUCAUAAGAUACGUGAGAAACAUGUAAGUUUUUCUCCCACAGAAGAAAUUCAUCAAGAUGUUGCAUCUCGAUAGUGAUCCAUGGACUUAAUUCUAUCCAUAUCCUCUACAACUGAUUCAGUAUCCAUAUAGUGGCAAGCAAAAGGACAGGCAUUGAGAAACAACAUUAAAAUGGCCGAUCAACGUUGGAAGAUUUGGAAAUUUUCAUUUGGUAAAGAGGGCAUAUCGUAGUUAUGAGUAUGCCUGAUUUUGCUGAGAAUAUGUAAGUUCAUAUAUUUCUUUCAUCUAUUUGAUGUCAAAUUAUUGAGUUUUGAUCAAAUUCGUUGGAAUUCAAAGUAUUUCCAUUUA